ACAUGUAUGUUGAGACGAGGAGAGCCAUCGAGCCUCCCGCAAUUCAAUCUGUUUCAUGGUAUCAGAGCGGGUCAUCCUUCCCCUCUCCUAGCCGCCGCCGCCGGCUCUCCCCAAAACCCUAAACCUACACCUCUUCUCCCUCCUCUCGCCUCCCCACCAUGACCCCCGAUGAAAUCGCCGCCAAGGAGCGCGAGCUCGCGGAGCGCGCCACUGCCCUCGACGCCCGCGAAGCAGCCCUCAAUCAACAGCUCAUCGCUGCCAACCAACUCAACGCCGCCAACCCACCCAACCCCACUGCUGCACUCACCUCUCCCAUCCAAAACCCUACCACCGCCCACACCUCCAACCCCAACACUUAUGCCACCACCAGCAAACUGCAUGUGCCCAUCACCCUGAGCUUCGAUGACGACAACUACACGAGCUGGCGCGAGCUCUUCCUCGUCGCCCUCGGCCGCUACGGUCUCACCGCCCACGUCACGGGCGAGUCCACUCCCUCUGACACCGGCACAGACUCCCCCUGGGGCCGCGACGAUUACACCGUCCUCUCCUGGAUCUACGGCUCCGUCUCUGUCGACCUCCUCAACAUCGUCAUGCGUCCCGGCGCCACCGCCCGCACCAUCUGGGGCGCCAUCGAGGACCUCUUCCGCGACAAUAAAAAGCACCCCUUCCUAGCUCUUCAGCAAAGUUAUUUGUGGACAACUCUAGAUCAUGGAAAGAAUAGGAUUGAAUGCCGAUAGUCUCAUCAAGUUCGAAGUCUUGCUGUUGUGGAGGUCUCGUGUACCUCAAGGCCUGCCGAUUCUUGCAAAGUAAUGUGGACACAGAGAGUACAGCAAUUGAGAAGAUGGCCAAUGCAACACCUGAUAUAAACAUGGCAACUGAACUAGCACUUUUUGAAGCCUUCUUUCUGAUAACAACUUUGGUAUCUCGUGUGUAAACCUUCACAUAUAGUGUCAUGUUGCUACCAGGAACCAUCCUGCCAUAUCUCGUAGGAAGCAUCUGCUUUGAGCAGUACGAGUCAAACAUCGCAAUCUCACAGGCACAGUCAGAUUGGCAAAGUUCUUUGCAAGCUUCGAUGCUUGUUGUUGGCGCCUUGGCGGUGGGACAUUGUACGAAUUAUCUGACCAACUAGUGUUCUUCACCUGAACCAUUUUGGAUAUCAUUCUGAUGUCAUCAUUAUUUACACAACCGCCAAUCUGCUGCACCCUCCAGCAUCCUUGAUUAGCAAUUGAAAAUUCAAAACCAGGGAGACAAGAGCAGCUAGUUUCCCCAUUAGCAGUGACUUGGCAGUAGCUAUUUGGACCACAAACGCCUUUGACAAGGCAGCGAUUGCUGCUGGGCUGCAGCCAUUUGACCUCUGUUAUGGGCGCUUUCCCAUUACCAGAGAACACAAGGGAGUAAAGUCGCAAAAUACCAUCAGCACCCAAUGUCAGAUGGAAGAAGCUCUGUCGUCUGUCUGGGGAAGCAUUAGAAGAAGACCGAUUAGCCAGGAACAACACAUCUGUAUAUGUGGAAUUCUGGUCGAACAGCCAUAAGGUGCCGUUGGGAUCCAAUGAGAGCGUGAGAAGAUAGCUGCUGCCGAAUGUGCCAGUAUUCCAGUAUGAACUAUCAGGGUCUAUCGCGCCCACAGGAUACAUCACAAGGUUACCAUCUUCCUGAUUGAAAAGGCGAUACUUUCCUGUGGCAUGGUUAGUGUCAGAUACACUUGAGAAGAGCUGGCUGCCAGGAGGCAGAUUUUGCCCUGGUAAUAAGGUGUCCGACGGAGAACUAAAGGUAGACCAUAUGACCUGUUUCUUCAUGUCAAACAAGACGAAGUUACCGGUGUCCAACAUGCCAGCAGAGGCAGCUGGAGUAGAGGUGGCUGAUAUGGACUUCCCUUGGCUACCGGCGUUAGCUGGAAUCCAUUGAAGUGAACCGCCAUAGGUUAACACAACUGAACCACCAGAAACAGGGGGAUCAUCUCUGUUGGCAGUCCACACGACGGAUCUAGAUGUGUCUAUCACAAGCCACACCCCAAUUGAAAAUCCUUCACCUUCAGGAUAGAAGCCAAAGGCAAAGCGUCCCGAGGGGGAGACCCAACUUUGGGUGCCAGCUGCGUCGAUUCUGGAACCCAGAGGAAUAUCUGUCUCGAUGGUCAUGCCAGGAUUGGCUUGGUUGAUGAAUAGAAUCACGGACAAAGAGAGGAUAUAUGGGGACGACAACAUGGUUUGGGCACAAGAGUAUUGUUCGAAUGUUCUUUGGUCUCUGCAAAAUGAAUUGCUUGGGUGUGGAACAAGGAGAGGAGUUCAGGUGUACAAAUCAUGACAGAGACUGGUACAAUUUAGUCAAUAGCUUCUAAAAGCUAGGAGAAACUAGAGAAAAGUGUCACUUUUUGAAAAGCACAUGGACUAAAGACAGUCGUAGUGUACUGAGGUGUGUCUUUGUCGACCAACCGAUCUAUACUUAUUUCAUGGAGAUACGUGCACCAGUCAUAGCCAGGAACCAAGGGUACUUAUUAGCUAAAGUGAGCAGUAAUUGGAUUACCAUUAGCAGGUAGUGUACUUUCCCUCGAAACUUUCCUUUUCUUUUUCUUGAAGAGUAUGUAUGAUCUCUGUGUAAAUUAAUCUGAAUUAUUUGAGGGGUGGCAAUAUCAAAUUUACUCAA